GGGAAAUAUAGGACCCAGUGUUUUUGGAGUUUGAGCCACUUUAGGGAGUGAAGGUCAGGAUAUUUCAGCCUCUAUCUCUCUUGUGUCUCUCAACUUUAAAUUAACUUUAAUAAAAAUUUAAUACUAUAUCGCUGUACAACUCUACAAAGUUGAAAUGAAGCAAUGUCUACUUGGGGGUGGGGAGGCCAAUCAUUUUGGUGAGUUUGUUCCUAUUUGAGGCAGUUCACAUAAUCUCCUCCUCCUCUGAUUUUAUUCAUUUUUACCUUUUAUCUUCUUUAUAAGUAUGCCUGUUUACCCUUGUUGUGCUCAUCUUCAACCAGAGGCCUGGCCUGCUUUAAACCCAGAUAUUGGCAGUGGUGAAAAGUAACUACGUACAUUUACUCAAGCACUGUUUACAAUUUAUAGGUACUUGUACGUAUUCCCAUUCUCUGCAAUUUUAAACCUCCACCCCACUAUAUUUCAGAGGGAAAUAUUGUACUUUUUACUUCACCAGCUUUAGUUGCUAGUCGCAUUUCAGAUUAAAAAUUUACAAGUUCCCGACUUUUUUGGCUUUCAACCUCUUACAAAAAAGCAGAGUCUAGUUGGGGCGCCUUGUUACAUUUCAGAUGUCUAUGAGUUGUUCCACCAAAUAGUGAUUUUCAGCCUAAAGUCCUCAUGGUUUCAUUCAAAUAACCGUCAAAGGAAACAAUGCAAAAAUGCUGUCCAAAGUCUAAAAACUGGACCCCCGAUCACAAUAAACACAUCUGACAAUUUCAUAGGGUGAAGGGCACGCAACGAUUUUAGUGGUGCGUCUAAAUAAUGCAUCUUUCACUGCUGAUGACUCGAAACAACAACAAAGGAAAUUUUACACUUUGUCAGAGCGCGUCCUUUACAGAGGGUCUCCUGGGUGUUUGCGGUGCUGCAGGCUGUCAUGACGCUGAAAGUACAUCUGGUCCUCCUGCUUUUCUUCCUUGCAUCACUAACAGAUGUGUAUCCCCUGAAACUCAAGGAGAUCUAUGUCAAGGCAGGUGAGAUGGUGGCGCUACAGUGCCGUCAGUACAGAAGGUAUAAUCAUAAUGAUGCCAAGCUGACCUGGACCAGUUAUACCACCCAGAAGAUGGAUUUGACCAACAUGUCAUCAGCUGAGCAGAGACAGAUGGAUGUGUUGGUUCAUGAGAGGAGCCUUGUUAUUCUCAGAGCUUCUGUAAACCAUCAGGGGAAUUACUCAUGCUCUCUGGGGAAUGCCAGUAGCCAAUGCUGGUUCAGGCUGACAGUAUACACAACGCUGUCCAAAAAAUACAAGGAGAGGAUCCAGUAUAGUAAGACCUGUUACACACAGGAAUCCUGCCGUUUGGAUUGCCCAGCUGUCAAUGUCCCUGCUGAAAAUACCCCGAAUAUUACCAGCAACAACAUUAUAUGGCACAAGGAGGGUGAGUCAUUGCCAGAAGACGGUUACUUUAAUAAAGGGAGAGUUUACAGCUUCUCCAGCGUGGAAGAGAAAGACCAAGGUGUCUACACCUGCACCAGGUCCUACCUGUAUCUUGAUCAAAUAUACAACAUGAGCUUUACAACGGUGCUGACAGUCGAACCAAAGAAUGAUCAGAAACAUGCAGUGAUCAAAUCACCUCAUGAAAAUGAUGUAUGUCUUGUAGAUUUGGGGUCAAUGGUGGUGAUUCCCUGCAUAGCUGAUUUUUAUUCAGAGCAGGAUAAUGUGUUCUGGUUCAGUGGGGACUCAUUUGUGGAAACCAAUAAUAGCUCAUCAGUAUUCUACAAUUUAACACGGGACAAAGAAAACCAAGAGAUGACAGCAACUCUAGUCUUCAAAAAAGUGUCAGAGGAGGAUCUAUCAAAAAAUUACACCUGUAAACUGCAAUCUGCCUCCCAAUCACCAAGUUAUGUCACCAUCUUUUUGACCAAAAAAACACGCCCUUCCUACGUUCCCUUGACUGUCAGUAUUGUGGGCAUUGUGGUAGUGAUGGUUGUAACAGUAGUAAUAUAUGUGGAAUUUAAAAUUGAAAUCACUCUUUUCCUGCGAGAAACUCUUGGCUGCCAUAGCAUCACAUCAGGUGGGAGAAUGUGUGUCAUCUUAACUAACAACUCAUGUUUAAGAGAUACAUGUCUGUGCUUGUUUUUGAACAGCCAACCAUGUCGUGUCUACCCGUAUAAGUAUCCAGUACUGUUGUUUGUUGUUGUUUUCUUAGAUGGAAAGAGCUAUGAUGCCUUUCUGAUGUGUUAUAAGAGCAACACAGAUGCAGGACUAGAUGCACAUGACAGAAAAUGGCUGGAGAAUGUUUUAGAAGAGAAGUUUGGCUACAGUCUCUGUCUCUUCGAUCGUGACGUCUUACCAGGGAAAGCUGUAGCAGAUGCAGUGUUAGACUGCAUAGAGCAGAGCCGGACGGUGGUUUUGGUCCCCACUUCUCCAGAUCUUGGUCCAGACUCUGGCCUGCUGAGUGCCAUCCAUGAAGCUCUUGUGGAGCGGCAGUCACGUUUGGUUUUCAUCAAAACUGAGGCAAAAGAAGUAUCAAGAUCAGGAUCAUUACCAGAAGUCUUACAACAUCUUGGCAAGGCUGGACACUGUGUCACCUGGAAGGGCACAAGCUCCAUGACACCCUCCUCCUCCUUCUGGAAGCAACUACGUUACUACCUCCCUGCCACACAGCAUGCACCAAAACUACAGCUUUUACCUCAGACAAUCCAGGAUGUUAACUCACGGUGAAAUGUUUAGCCAUGUCAGAGUUAACACAUCUUAUCAGUGUUUUCAGUAUAUGACUUGAUAAACAUAUAUUGCAACAACAUACUGUAUAAGAAAAAUAGAUUUUAGUGCCAUACUGAAAGACGGUCAUCAACCGCUUUUAUUCUGUAUUUAUUAUAGAAAAUGAAUAUUGAACUUAAAUCAUUUUUAACGUUUAUCUUCAGUGUCUUCAUUUUCAUAUUUAAUAUCUUGUAUUCUUGUAAAUUUAUUGAGGUCAAAAAACUCCUUUAGUAUGACGGCUAACACAGCUGUAAAGACAUGUAAUUUAAAAUGAAUUAAUAUAAUGUAAAAAUGUAAAAUUACUUCUGCUUGUUACAUAAUUGUUGUCACAUUAGCCUAUACACUGUUAAUACUGACAUAGAAUUGUCCAACUGUAUAGUAUUUUCAACACACAAGAGGUGCUGUUGUUCACUUAAGUUGUUUUAUAUUUCACUGGAUUACUGUGUUAUACAUGUCCUGUCGGACCACUGUGUGUAUGUACUGUAGGUCCUCUUGUGUGAAACAUUCUUUACCCAAAUUUGUUUUUGAAUGUCCUCAUCAUUUCCUCCAUUAACUGUAAAAUGUGAUACUGUGUGCCAAUCUGGCAAAAUACCUUGGAACUGUACUUCAAAAUGAACUGUAUUUAAAUGAUCUACACCUGCAGUAAUCUAUUUGUAUAGUAUCAUUGAGUCAUGUGUACGUGAAAUGGGUCGCUCAUAAUGACAAACCCACUGAGAAUUAUGACCCAGCUAUGCAGCUCUAAAGCUUUUUAAUUUAUUUUAGCUUGUUGAUUUGGUUUUAUUAGAUGUACUUUAAAAUGUGAUUUGUGGUUCUGGGCUAUGUAAGUAAAAUUGAUGUGAAUAAUAUACAUUUUACACAACAUUAAAUACAAUAUUUUGUACAUUUUCA